AUGCCCUCCAACAACCCACAUCAAAUGAUUACCACAGGCUCCAGUCCUCAUGGUUAUCCAGUUUGUCCUGCUCAGUCUCUGACACCUGUGCGAGCAGGGGCUAAAGACUUAAAUCCUGACACAAUAAGCUACUAUGGCAACUACUAUGGAGGACUAGGCUAUGGCUAUGGCUGCAAAUAUGGUUAUACCUCUGGCUUUGGUGCCUUUAGAAUCCUGGACUGUGGCUACAGAUGUGGCUGUGGUGGGUUAUGAAUUUGACUACUGGCACCAGUGUGAUUAUAGUACAUGGUUAUUAUCAGGCAUUGACUGAAUAAUAUCUACAAUUGGGUCCAUUUUUGCUGUUCUACUACACUUCUUUUAUUUGUUUAACCCAACUAGAAUUGUUAAUGAUUCCCUGUAAUCCCAGCACUUUGGGAGGCUGAG